AUGCGAAGCCUCUUGUUUGCUGCACUUUGCGCCGUGAGUCACGCCUCACAAACCGUUCUCCGACCGGAACCCCUAGCGUCGGACUUCACCAUUUUCCAGAGUUCAAAUUCCCCCCACUCAGUGCGCAUCCGACGACAAGAUGAGUCAAUCUGCGCCGCGGGCUCAGCACAAUAUACAGGAUGGCUGGACAUUGGACCCAAGCACUUAUUCUUUUGGUUCUUCGAAAGCCAAAACGAUCCGAUCGGCGAUCCACUAACGUUGUGGAUGAAUGGUGGACCCGGAGGCUCCAGCAUGCUUGGCUUGUUUAUGGAAAAUGGGCCAUGUUUGAUCAACGAGCAUGGCAAUGGUACUGUCCAUAAUCCUUGGGGAUGGUCCAGGAAUUCUUCGCUACUUUAUGUCGAUCAGCCGGUUGAUGUUGGCUUUUCCUAUGUUGACGACGGCCACGAGGUUCCCCGCGAUUCUCUCGAAGCUGCAGUUGACAUGCACCGAUUCCUGCAAAUAUUCACUUCUGAGAUCUUCCCUCAUCUUCGCUCCACGCCUUUCCACAUUUCGGGCGAAUCAUACGCGGGCAAAUACAUUCCCUACCUCGGCGCCGAAAUCUUGGUUCAAAACCAGCUACACCCCACAGAGCCACAAAUCAAUCUGAAAUCAUGCUUGGUCGGAAAUGGCUACAUGUCAUCCAAAGAUACCACCUUCGGAUACUGGGAGACCCUUUGCACCACCAAUCCUGGCGUUUCCACUCCUGUCUUCAACGAGACACGAUGCGACAUCCUGGCCACCAACAUGCCGCGGUGCAUGGAGGUCUACGAUGUAUGCAUCAACAGCCUUGACCCGGAUAUCUGCAAGGCUGCAAGCAGUGUUUGCUACAAAGGAAUUGUAGGCUGGUACGAAGACGAGAGUAGCCACAAGGGGGGUCGCAAUCGGUUUGACAGUGAGCGAAUUCCAUCCACGGGUACUACCAGCCUAGCUAAUGUAGAACUGUUAGUCACUGCACCCUGCUUCGUCGACAAUUUUUGCUAUCAGGAAGCAGCGUAUGUCAUGGAAUAUUUGAACUCCCCCGCCGUUUGGAAUGCCCUCUCCCCACCCAAGCAAGUCAAAAAUUAUACCAUGGAGUCCGAGGCUGUCGUUGCGGCUUUCAAAACUACGCCGGAGGGCAUGACCCUCUCCUCGGAUGAGGUCCUUUUCUUGCUUGCCAAUGGUGUGCAUUUCCUGGCCUACCAGGGGAAUCUCGACUUGGCCUGUAAUACGGCGGGAACGCUCCGGUGGGCUCACUCGCUUGCCUGGAAAGGACAAGUUGAGUUCGCAUCCAAAGAGCUUCGCCCUUGGACUUCGAACAUUACAGGUCAAAAUGAGACGGUCGGCAAAGCCAAGGAGGUUCGAGUGCAAUUUGAUGGUCAGGCAGAAGCAUCACGGUUUACAUUCGUGACUGUGGAAGGGGCUGGUCAUUUGGUUCCUCAAGAUCGUCCUGAAGUUGCGUUUGACAUUUUGACGCGGUGGCUCACGGGCGCAUCUUUCACUAAUUCGGGGUGA